UAAGUGUGUGAAAAGAGAAUAUUUUUAUGCCUUUUAAUGUUUGGUUCAGGAAGAAACAAGGCACGCUUUGCUUGUUGAAACAAACAACAUAUAUAUUGGGAAGAAAGAUGGUUGCGUGUCUCUAGUAUAUAUCUACGUGUUGCAUACACACACAUUCACUGUGUGUUUUGAGUGAAAAAGAAUCUCUCUUUCUCUUAUUUCCUUUACUCUUUUCCUCAUUUUUGCUUCAUAUUUCUACUACCUUGUUCCUCCCUAUUGGUCUAUGCUCUGCAAUCUUCAAGAUUUGAGACAGACCAGACCUCUAGAGACACCCAUAGCUAUCUCUAUAGCCAUAAAGCACACACACAGACACAGAAAAUAGGGAAAUAAUCAAGAAAAGAUAUUCUGUGUCUUGCAAAUCCCAAAAAGAAAUUAACUUUUUACCACCCUAUUUCCAUCACCCAUCUGGAGUUCUGUUAUAUUAAUUUCAUAGAGCUUUCAUUACAUCUUGCUGGUGUUCUUCAUAGCAAGAAAGUCUUGUUCUAGCAGUUGGGUUUGUGAAAAAGACACUUUCUUUGGUUGAUUUUUGCAAAAUCUUGAAACAUUCUUGAAGAAAAAGUCAAAAUGGAUGGUGGGUAUUCAAGGAUCAAAGAUGAGGCUCAUCCUCAACUGUUGGAUUUGAUUCCUAAUGAGAGAAACUGGCUGGUGAAAAGAGAGGAUGAUCAUAAUCUUGAAGAAUCAAAUGAAAAGAAGCUUGAGUUAAGGCUUGGUCCACCUGGUGUUGAAGAUUGGUCUGUCUCUUUAGAUGCACAAAAAAACCACAAAUUGCCACAAAAAGCAGCUCAGAAAAGAAGUGCACCUGCCCCAGUUGUGGGAUGGCCUCCAAUAAGGUCAUUUAGGAAGAAUAUUGCAAGUAGCAGCAGUUCAAAACAGGCUCCUGUUUCUGAUUCUCAAAAUGUUGUUGUUUCAAACAACGUUGUUCAGAAGGAAAAAACAGUGGAAAAGUGUCAGAAAGGUUUCUUUGUGAAGAUCAAUAUGAACGGUGUCCCGAUCGGUCGAAAAGUUGAUCUUAAUGCUUAUGAUACAUAUGAAAAGCUUUCUGUUGCUGUUGAUCAACUCUUUAGAGGACUUCUUGCAGCUCAAAACGACACAUCCGGAGCUCGGGUUAACGGUAACCGUGAACACGAAAGACCGAUAACCGGUUUGUUAGAUGGGAAAGGGGAAUAUACUUUAGUUUAUGAGGAUAAUGAAGGAGACAGGAUGCUUGUUGGGGAUGUCCCAUGGCACAUGUUUGUUUCUUCAGUUAAGAGGCUGCGUGUGAUAAAGAGCUCGGAAAUUUCUAACAUAUCGCGUUUGGGAAGUAAGGAAGAGGAGUAAAGUUUGAUGAUGGUAGAGUGUUAGCUUUUUGCUGCAGUGUUUUGUUUAUAUGAAUCAAGUUGGAUUGAAGAAGAAGAAGCUAUUGUUGUUGUGUUUUGGUUGGGAGAAUCAUAUUAUGUAACAUUGGUUUUUCUAAUCAAAUUUUCUUCACAUUUGUGAUGGUUUAGUGUUAAAAACUUGUGGGAAUAUCAAGUUUAGAUUUUUAGUAUGAUUCGUCUUUUC